UUAAUAAUUAUCAAAAUUUUUGACAUACAUACAUCAAAAAUUUUACUUGACGAAAAUGUCCUUUUUAAAUUUCUUGUUUCUGGAUUUUUAUUGAUACUCAACGGAAAGUUCUACAGUGGCAGUAGUGAUCAACCAUAAAGACCUGUUGUAAUAGAAGGAGCUACAGAACCGCCAAAAUCAGGAGAAAGGAAUCUCUAUGUCGAUGAAAAAGUCUUACGUCGGAAAGAAACACAUGCACUGCAAUAAAAAAUGGAUAGAUGACUGUUAAAUACUAUUUACAAAUGAUAGAUAAUAUACUUAAUAUAUAUCAUUCUCCUUAACCCGGUUCUGUGGAAUGUGAAAAUAUACCUAUUGAGUAUUAAUUUUAAAGUUCGAACUUAGAAUGAUGAAUUUAUAAUUACGUGAAGAUUUGCAAUUUUUGAAUUAACACUACCUGAAGAUAUAUGCCUAGUUUAUAUAGGUGUCAUAUGCAUAAUAACUCUCACUGGAACACAAAUCGUCAGUUACUGCUUGAAAUGCUGCAUUUAAAACGUUUUAAGAUUUGCAAUAUUUGAACGAAUACCUCCCGAAGAUAUAUGUCUACUUUAUACCGUGCCACAUGCGUGAACACUCUUAUUGGGACACAAGUAGUCAGUUUUGGUUUGAAAUGAUAUAUUUAAAACGUUUGAAGAUUUGCAGAUUUUGAACUAAGACCUUCAGAAGAUAUAUGUCCACUUUAUACCGUCCCACAUGCGUGAGCACUCUUUUUAGGACACAAUUCAACUAUCGCAUUUUGUACUGCAUUUGACUUGCAAAUGUGCAAAUUUUAGUCACAAUAAUCUUGGGAGAUAUAUGUAAAAAUCUAUCUAAUGAAAUACUUCUGUAUAGAAGUUAUAUGACGUGUCUUAAAAUCUUUGAAACUAAACUUGGAUUAAAAUGUGACAAAUGGAAAAGUAUAGUUGUUGAGUUGUAACUGUGUGAUAGUGGAGAUCUUGGCUCUCAAUUUAAAGAGAUGAAGCUUCUUUAACAGUGCAAAGGUGAAUAGGAGUCUCUUACAUAUCUGUUCUAACUAUAGUAGCAGAGAUAAAUCAAUUCGAACACAUAUAUAGACUAUAACUAUAUGGAAAAGUGUUGACAUUGUGAAACAACUAAGCAGAAGUAGAUAGCAGAAGUAGAUAGCAGAAGUAUGGCUGAUCUUAAAUGUUUCGUGAAAUUAUAGUAAUCGGCUUAAAGAACUUGAGUUUAAAUGUUAUAAUACUUUAACUCCGACAACAGGAAGGGAAUGUAUGCUCCAACUGUGUACCGACUGUGUAAUUCUACUCGGAUUAGGAUUAUUUUAGGAUGAAUCGAAAUUGGGAUCAGUUUAUCAUUUAAUACCAUAUUUUGAUAGCUCUUAAUAUAGACUUUGUUUGAGAGUUUUUGAGAAGUCAAUAUGAAUCUGCUGCCACUCCAAUGUUAAUGAUAACAUUUUUUGGACUUGGAUUAACAAUAUAUUGAAUUUGUUGGCAUGUCCCACCACCAAGUCCAAUAUGAUAAACGUUCAUUUGGUGCCACAUUCACAUGAUGAUGUCGGCUGGCUAAAGACGGUUGAUCAAUAUUAUUAUGGCAGUAGAAAUUCUAUACAGCGUGCUGGAGUAGAGCAAAUUCUGGAUAGUGUGAUCCAAGAAUUGUUAAAAAAUUCAAAUAGGCGUUUUAUUCAAGUUGAGUCUGCAUUUUUCUUCAAAUGGUACGAAACACAGACCGCAACUGUAAAGAGCAAUGUCAAAAAAUUGAUUGAAAAUGGUCAAUUUGAAUUUACUGGUGGUGCGUGGAGCAUGAAUGAUGAAGCUGCCGUGCAUUAUCAAAGUGUCAUAGAUCAGUUCACUGUUGGCCUAAAAAUGUUAUCUGAUACUUUUGGUACUUGCGCACGACCACGCAUUGGCUGGCAAAUCGAUCCUUUUGGUCAUUCACGAGAAAUGGCAUCGAUUUUUGCCCAAAUGGGUUAUGAUGGUGAAUUCUUUGCUCGUUUAGAUUGGGUGGAGAGAAGUCAAAGGUUUCUUAAUUUAACUGGUGAAAUGGUUUGGAAAGCAAGCGCUGAUUUAGGUGAACGUUCUGAACUAUUUACUGGCAUUUUAUAUAAUCACUACUCUGCUCCACCUGGCUUCUGCUUCGAUACCUUAUGCUCAGACGAUCCAAUAAUUGAUGGAAACAGCGUUGAUUAUAAUGUAAAAGAAAAGGUCGAUGCUUUUAUUGCAUAUAUCAAUAGUCUUGCCAAAUACUAUCGUGCAACUCAUCUUUUAGUGCCUAUGGGUGAUGAUUUUAAUUAUGAAAAUGCAGUUAUGAACUUUAAAAAUAUGGACAAACUUAUUAAAUAUGUCAACGAGCGUCAAGCAGUAGGUAUAAAAAUAAAUGUAUUCUACUCCACGCCAAGUUGUUAUCUGAAUGCAGUACAUGAAUCAAAACUGACUUGGCCUAAUAAAACGCAAGAUUUCUUCCCAUAUUCAUCUGAUUGGCACACUUAUUGGACAGGAUAUUUUUCAUCACGUCCCACACAAAAACGUUUCGAACGCGAUGGCAAUCAUUUUCUACAAGUCACUAAGCAAUUGACUACAUUAGCUAAUUUCACUGAUGCUGCAACCACAUCAAAUUUAAAUAAAUUGCGUCAAGUCAUGGGUGUAAUGCAACAUCACGAUGCCAUUACUGGUACUGAAAAACAACAUGUGUCCAAUGAUUAUGAUCGUAUGAUGACAGAGAGCCUUCUAACUGCACAGAAAAACACUCAACUAGCCUUGCAAAAACUGACGAAUUUAACAAAUGGUGAAUUUAGCAUUUGCUUGCAACUCAAUGUCAGCGUCUGUGAAUUCACCAAUACCAGUGCCAAUAACUUAGUGGUAACACUAUACAAUCCCCUGGCACAUGAUUCUGUGCAGUAUGUACGAGUACCUGUCCCUGUAAUUAACGAUAACUAUGAAGUCACAAAUGCUGCUGGUCAAUUAAUACGGUCUCAGUUGGUCCCGGUCCCUAAAGAAGUUACUGCAUUGAAUCCCACUUCCAACACAAAUAAGCAGGAGUUGGUAUUUGAAGCUUACGUGGACAAAAUUGCUAAUUACUAUAUAAAGACGAAACCGAAACCAAGAUCAUUUGCUAAUCAUCCAAAGAACCUUAAUGGUUUAAUGGACAAAACAGCUGAAUACAUUAAUGUAGAAAACCGCGCUGAUACCAUAAUACAAAACUCUUUAGUUAAAUUAACCUUUGGUUCAACUGGUCAUCUGAUCAAUGUACAAAUGAAUGGUGUCUCAGAAGCCAUACGUCAAGAUUUUUACUAUUACAAAGGUGCUGCUGGCAAUAACGCUGAGUUUAAAAAUCGUUCCUCUGGCGCUUAUAUAUUCAGACCCAAUGGCACGGAAGUUUUGAUUGCCACAAGUGUGAGUUUGAGCAUAUACGAAGGUCAAAAUGUGAAAGAAGUACACCAGCGUUUUAACGAUUGGAUUUCGCAAGUUAUACGCAUUUAUGACGGAGUCAAUCGUGUUGAGUUUGAAUGGUUAGUUGGCCCAAUUCCAAUACAAGAUAACAUUGGCAAGGAGGUGAUAACGCGUUUCUCAAGCUCACUUAAUUCAAAAGGAAUAUUCUAUACUGAUUCAAAUGGUCGUGAAACAAUGCAACGUACCAGAAAUGGGCGAGAGUACUUCAAGCCUAAUUUAACUGAAACCAUUUCUUCAAAUUACUAUCCAAUAACGUCACUGAUAGCCUUACAAAAUGAACAAAAACGCAUUGCAUUGUUGAACGAUCGUGCUCAAGGCGGCACAAGCGUUAAGGAUGGUGUACUAGAAUUGAUGUUGCAUCGUCGACUUUUGCGUGAUGAUGCCUUUGGUGUGGGAGAAGCUUUAAAUGAAACUCAAUAUGGCAAAGGACUUAUUGCACGUGGUAAAGUUUAUUUAAUAUUAAGCCAAGUAAAUCAGAAACCAGCAUAUAACGAACGCUUAGCGCAGCAGCAAAUACAUUUACCAUUCUGGAAAUUCUUCAGUAACGCUUCAAAAGCUACAAACAAAGUCGUGCCUAAAUUACCGACUUUCAUGUCUUUACCAUUGACCAUACACCUUUUGACAUUGGAGCCAUAUUCAACAACUGAGCGUCUAUUACGUUUGGAGAGCUUUAUGAGUCGCAAUGAAACAACUAGUAUCACAUUCAAUAUACGUAAAAUUUUUGAUAGUUUGGGUGGUGAAGAAAUACGCGAAACCACACUUGACGGCAAUAUGGCGUUGGAGAGCAUGAAACGUUUCAAAUUCCAACCAGAUGGCGGUAAUGCUUCUAAAGUUGAAUAUUACACAUCUAAACAUGUGCCAUUGUCUGCUAAAAAGAAGGACGUCGACUCAAAAUUCAAUGUUAUUUUCGAUCCAAUGCAAAUACGUACAUUCAUCAUUAAAUGGAAAUAAUUUUAUUUUUUUGGUUUAUAUAAUUUGUGCUAUUAUAUUAUUCAAUGUUG